AUGCCUCUCCACUUGACCGGUAGUUGCACAUGCACGGCUGUCCAAUACUCAGUAGACUUGGACUCCCCAGAUAUCGCCCGAACGUCCCUGUGUCAUUGCUCGAGCUGCAAGAAGGCAUUUGGUACCAACUACGGUCUCACAACUAAGGUUCCGAUAGAUGGGUUCAAGUACGAGCAAGGCAAACCGAAGUUGUUCAAGCAGGAGAAUGGGGUAGUCAGAGAGUUCUGCGAUAAAUGCGGGUCGUUCCUUUGCGAAUACGGAGAGCAAGCUGCGGACAAGUUCCGUUACAUCACAUGGGGCACACUUGAUGAUCCCGAGAAGCUCCCACCAAAGGGCGAAUUCUUCUGCAAGGACAGAGCUAGUUGGAUGCCCGAGGUCCCAGGUGAGUCUAAUAUUCCUGCAGGCUUUGGGGUUUCAACGUCUGAGGCUUAUCUAGAUGUAUUUCAUAAACGCGAGAUCAAGGAGUGA